AUGAAGAUAUCUCUAUCAUUGUACUUGACUUUCACAACGCUUCAAGUCUUCAAGAUAGGCGCAACUUUUACUACAUCUGAUUAUCUUUGUGGCAAAGAUUUCGUAUCCCACAGGAAUAUCAAGAUUUCAGUCGAGAAAGCCUGUGAUAUUCUUUAUCGUUCCAAGGAGAGGCUUAGAUUUCCCGCAGUGUACGAUGCUUCAACCACCUUCUUUAUCUCUGAUGCAAGACUUUUCUCCUGGCCUGUCAGAUUAGACGGCAGAUUAUUUGAUAGCGGUCGUCCUGGAAACCUUCGUAUAAUCGUGGACUCAAGCUGCAGCUUUCUCGGCGUAAUCAUGAAAUACCAUAAUUCGCCAGAUCAACGCUGCUUUCAGCCCGUGGAACCCCCUCGUCAAAUUGAUGAUUCAUCCACCUCUGGACCCAGGAAUUUGCCAAUUUUACGUGGCUAUAACUGCAAGAAUCAAAUAUUUGAUCUUAUUGACGUAGAAAGAGUUCGUGAAAUAUCUAUCCUUAAGCUGCGGGGUUGGCAAUCUCAGGGUCAUCAGAUUGGUCUCAAGAAACUUGAAGUCGUCGACAGAUUAUUUGAGACGCCCUCAUUCCUAUUACCUAGCAUGCCCGUCGCUCACCCGAGUCAUAUCAGAGAUACACUCGAAUAUAUCUAUUUAACCGUAAUAGAUUCUCAGGACAAAACAUUGGGCAUGGUCCACAAGACCGAAGAUAAAUGGGAAAAAUGUGACGGACUUUGGGAAAUAGAACCAGUGCGUCGCCAGUCUUUGGUUCCCGGACAAAACUCCAUCGGAGAAACGGUAUUCCAUGGUGUAAGCGGUUACCAGUGUGGCAAACACAAGUUUACGCCCGAAUCGAUCAAUAGCCACAUGCAAUUAGCGUGCAAAAUCCUUGAAAAAUCACAGCUGUCUAUUGCAAAACUUAGACGCAGUCGUUUGGAAGUAGCGAGAAUAGGAACCAGCGUUGGAAGGCUUACAGCUUGGAAGAUUCCUCUUCAGCUUGGAGAAAGCGAUAAUGUUUCGCGAUAUGAUUCAAUGAACAAUAAGUGUGUUGUUGUGCUUGAUCAGCGGUGCAACUUCUAUGGAGCUUACCAGAACGAUUUCAAUAGAUUAGUGGCAUGCGACCGGCUAUCGCCUCAUAAUCUUCCAGAAAUUAGUGGUCUUGAAGUCUCAACACCAGACUUUUCCUGGAUUGACGAAUUCAGGGAAGAUAGGACGCUGGAUUCUAAAUGA